UACGGUACUUCCCCCGAUUCUUCAUGGGUGGAGGCAGCACAUCACUACAUCACGAGGCAAACGUUCUGUUGAGUAAAACUUUAAAAUAAAAUAUGAAAAGAUCAAUAGACAACGAGGAAGAUCAGGGACAAGAAAAACGUCGGAAAGUUCUAGACUCAGAACAGCAACCGAGAAGUCAAUCGUCCGAGCCAAGGCCUUCUCACUCCAGCAGUCAUCAACAGAGGGAUGGUAAUAGCCGAGCUCGCUCGCCACAUCGUCCACAAAAACAAAGAACUUUCGCCGUGAGGCCGACCUCAACUUUCAACGAAAACUUUCCCUACUUUAAGAAGCCCCAAGAGAUUGGUCACUUUUCGUUGAAAGUUGACAAAAGUUUUGCGAAUGAUGCCAGCCGUCUCAGAUACUACCUACCACCAAAAUACAGAGACGGGUUGAACUUUGACCUCAGGAAGGGAUAUGAGAUCUUCGUAAAAAGAAAUGAGGAAAUCAAAGACAGAUUAAAUAAUCUUCUGAAAUGGAUUUUAAGCAACAAGAAGGUAUUUUUGCGACCUGAGAAGACUAUGGGAGUGUCUUAUAGUGAAAGUAAAGAAGACAACUUGAUUGAGAGCUUAGGUGUUGACUUCCUAGCAUGGCGUGGCCACUUCACAAAAUUCCUCUGCACAGCUUAUGAGAACCGUGAGGGAUGGGAGAUGGCAGCAACGCUGUUCAGGGGGACCAUCUACAUCAGUGAAGUGGAGACAGAGCAAGACAGAAAGAGGAGACAGGGAAUGAACUACUGGGAGAAGAUGUGCACGUACGGAGGCUACAAGUUUGAGCAGUAUGUCACUAGUGAAGAUGGCAAGAAAUCCCCCGACACUGUUCAGCCAGUGAACAACCUUGAAGCAUAUUGCAGUGUGGUUCGGUCACAACUCUGUAAUCACCAGCUUCUCUAUGGUGGGGAGGUAGAUUGCUGUGAGCUCAAGUCUCAACUGAAGCCACCAGAAAACUAUGUUGAACUGAAGACAAGUCGACAGUGGUAUACACCCAAAAACAAGAGCAGCUUUCACAGAUUCAAGUUACUUCGAUGGUGGGCACAGUCAUUCCUCGUGGGUAUCCCCAAGGUUGUCUGUGGCUUCCGUAACGAUGAUGGUGUGGUGGAAGAACUUAAGGAUUUCAAGACAGCCGAGAUGCCAGGGUUAUCCAUGGGAGGCUGGGGCGGGAACGUUUGCUUCAACCUGUUUGAGAAGCUCCUCAACUUCAUCAAGACGGUGACUGUAAUUGAUGAUCCCAGCGUGGUAUAUCUCUUAGAGCGUAAACCAGGGGACAGUACGAUCUCCUACACAGUACACAAAGGAGAGGAGCACCGGUUUUUACCAGAAUGGUACACCAGUCAGUUUUUACCAGAGUUGAGACCGGUUACUGAGUCGACUAGCUCAGACUCAUCUUCAAGUACAUCGUAAUUUACUUUAAAGGCAGUGCCAUAAGGUCCUGAAACUAGACGUGGGCCUAAUUUCAUAAAGCAUGUAAGCAUAAAUAUUUGCUAAGCACAGAAAAUCAUGCUUAACAGAAACUGCCAAUAUUCCAUAAAAGUGUUAUUGUUGUAACUGGUGUCCCGCUCAUUGUUUGCUUAGCAAAGAAAUUUGCUAUGCAGUAUUUGCUGCUUAACAGCAUUAUGGAAUUGGGCCCUGGUCAUUUGGGGUUGGUGGGGGAUGGCAAAACCACAGAGUUCAGUAUGACCUCAGCCAAAUUCUAUAAGCCUGUAAGCACAAAAUCUUGCCUAGCAAAACUAGGUUAUUACCAGUCAAAAUACUGUACAUGUGCUACCCCACUCAUUUUGAAAAAAACAGCUGAAUGAAAUUGGGUCCUGUUGCACCACACACAGCUGCUUUCUGCCACGUUUUAGGAGUCAAAUUGCUCAAACAAAUUAUUAUGGCUCGAAUUCAGGAGUAAAAACCUAAACACUGAAGGCAUGUAGCUCAAAAUGUUUACAAGACCAGCAUUUGUUUUUCUCAGACCACAAUCAAAAUGAGUUGAACAAGCAUAAUACGAGAAGAUCUCCAUGCAUGUACGUAGAUUUCAUUAUCUUUAGUGUAAGGUAAGGCGUACUUUGAUACCAAUUUUUUUUCACAAAGAUUUUACACAAUGACUAAAAUGAGGUAGCCUUGUAUUAUUUAUUGAUUUUACAAGACCACAGGGCUUGUCUGGUUGUGAGAUUACUGGCCCAACUCUAAAAUCACUGGCCUCAGGCCUGCGGUCCAAGGCUAAUUUUCUAGCCCUGUACUAGAUCGAUCCAUUAAGCUCCGCCCCAUUGCGUAUUGACUAAUCACAACCCGAUGCACAACCAAAAGUCUGACACUAUAAAGUCUGACAUGCGUGCGUGUAUGCUUGCCGUGCGCGGCAGAGUUAGGAAUGGUAUUAGAGCUGAGAGGCUCUCGUGUUCUUGCUCACAGGUGCGCCAUGGGCGGAGCUGAAUUGAUCGGUGGAUUGUAAGCGUGUAAAUACCACAUCGCCUUGAAUGAUCACUACACUCUAUAUAACACAUGGGGACACAUUGACUCAAAAGAUACAGUCAAGUCAAUACAAUGCUUCAUCACACAUCAGUGUAGGGUAACACAAAAAUGAAAUAAUUUAUCCCUGGAGCAACUGUUACUUGUUAGACUUGGAAAUAAAGCUGUUAACAGGGUGGCAGGAUUUUUACACUUUAGUGUAGUUUUGAGCUGCCUGUAUUUCAUCUCUGGCUGUCAAUAUUCAAUGGAGCUUUGUAAAUACUUUCUUUUGCCAUUUGUGGCUGGUACAUAUUGAUUUUAAAAUUGUAAUCAUCUUGCAGGCUACUUUGGUCUCAAAAUGAUUAAAAAUCAUUUACAUGUUUUUUUAAUUGGUAUGAUAGGGUUUUGUUCAAUACUUUAGUAGCAUUUAGUGUUUUUUAUGGAUACAGUAAAAGAAAUAUGUAAUAAAAAUGAUUUUUCAGUUAUCAUAAUAGUGCUUUUGUAACCUGUUGCUUUAUUUUGGAUUUUUUGUUUCUUUCUAGAUUGACAGGGUGGCAGGAUUUUUACACUUUAGUGUAGUUUUGAGCUGCCUGUAUUUCAUCUCUGGCUGUCAAUAUUCAAUGGAGCUUUGUAAAUACUUUCUUUUGCCAUUUGUGGCUGGUACAUAUUGAUUUUAAAAUUGUAAUCAUCUUGCAGGCUACUUUGGUCUCAAAAUGAUUAAAAAUCAUUUACAUGUUUUUUUAAUUGGUAUGAUAGGGUUUUGUUCAAUACUUUAGUAGCAUCUAGUGUUUUUUAUGGAUACAGUAAAAGAAAUAUGUAAUAAAAAUGAUUUUUCAGUUAUCAUAA